UCCAAGUCUGCAGCAAAUGAAGAAGAAGAAGAAGAAGAAGAAAAAGAAGAAGACAAUUAUUCACGUUUUGUCGUCGACGAAAUCACGAACGUUUACGAAGGGCUCGCCAGUAUUAUGUCUGCAAGUGACGGGUCAGUAGACAAUACUACAGCAGACUCACCGAUUCAUCGCAGAAAAAGGCACAGCAUGGACUCCUCCAGAUCGCCGAGAAGCUCCAAACACCACCAUUCACGCUCAAGGUCACGUUCCAGGGACAGAAAAAGGAACAGGAAGCACAGGCGGAGUCGCAGCAGGAGCAAAGAGGGACGAAAGAGAGAGCUGGAGAAGCAGUCCAAAUCGCACAAGCAAGCAGAUGAGCAUCACGAGAGACUUUCGGCAGAGGACAGUGACGAGCGGUCGCGGCGUAAAGACAGGAAAUCUCCCAGGGGUCACAGCUCUUCCCGGUCACACUCACGAGAGAGGCGACAUCGCAGUAGGAGCCGAGAGAGGCGACGGACCUCGCGAUCACACAGCCGUGAGAGGAAGAGAAGAGCUCGAUCUCGGUCGCGUUCCAGGUCCAAACACCGAUACCGGAGCAGGAGCCGAAGCAGGGAGCGAAAGAAAAAGAGUGAAAAGGUACGCAAGAGGAGUCGAAGCGGGUCUCCCAAUCCACCUGUCUUCCGGGGCAGGAACACAGCCAUGGAUGCACAAGAAGCUCUUGCCAGAAGGUUAGAGCGAGCCAAGAAGCUCCAGGAGCAGAAGGAGAAGGAGUUGUUAGAAAAGCGUCAGCAAGAGGUCGUUGGAGCGACCUCACCAGUGGUUGCCGCAGCUACCCCAGCCGCCGUCACAGCUGUAGCCGCCUCGUCCAACCAUGCCCUCAACGUGGCUGCGCUGCUGGCAUCUGGCACACAGGUGACUCCGCAGAUUGCCAUGGCAGCGCAGAUGGCAGCUCUGCAGGCGAGGGCGCUGGCCGAGACGGGCGUGGCCGUGCCCAGCUACUACAACCCGUCCGCAGUUAACCCCUCCAAGUUUGCCGAGCAGGAGAAGAAGCGCAAGAAGCUGUGGCAGGGCAAGAAGGAUGGGGACAAGUCCCAGACGGCUGAGUUGUGGGAGAACCUCAAUUUUGGCAACAAGGACCAAAAUGUCAAAUUUCGCAAAUUAAUGGGCAUUAAGGCUGACGAGGAGGGGGAAGCGUCCAAACCGCUCAAUGAUGAGGGCCUAAAGACCCUCCAGAAACAGGAAGAGAUGUUCCGUAAUCUGGAUGUCCAGUACGAGAUGGCCCGCUCCCAGACACACACCCAGCGUGGCAUGGGCCUCGGAUUUUCCUCUGCGUUUUCUCGGGGAAUGGAUUCCAUCUAGGGGAUCUUUGUUGGACUUUGUUGUAACUUAUUCACCGAGACUAUGUAAAUAAGAAGUCCCAAACGUGUGUAGAACACUUAAAACAAUGAUCCAGGAUAGAUCCGUGGUAGUUUUUUUUUUUUUUGUUCUGUUUUUUUUUUUUUUUUAAUACAUGUGAAAGGUCUUUAAAGUUUUGAUGUUCGGAUUUUGGGUGAAAUUUCGAGAUGACCUAAACCUAAAAUGUACGAUAACCUUUACUUGUGAACUUCUCAAAACUUUUGAACACCUGUCCAACUUCUUUGUUUUAGUACUUUUUGUACAACCUUCUGUAGAAACCAUGAAAAUUCCCAAGGACGUCCACUUGUCUGACUUUCUGUGACUCCUUCAGUUUGUGGAGCUGUUGAAACCUGCUAACAAGACUUAAGAGGAUGUUCCCAGAGGCAAGUCUCCACUGAGCUUUGAGUGUCAUAUAUUUGUGUAUUUGAGUUUAACAUAUAACAAGGAGCUAAUUGGCAAGAUUCACUACUUCUUUGAUCCACAAUGACUUUCUGUGACUCCUCCAGUCUCUCUGAAGAUACCUUACCAAUAACACUGACACUCUUAAGCUUGGUGGUCACUUCCUGCUGCGUAUAUCUCGUUGGAAGCCUUGCCAACUUUUGUCAUAUGCAGGUCGUUCCACAGAGACUGGAGAAGUCACAGUAUACCGUAGUAGAAAUACAGGCAGUCGUCGGGUUGCAAACGAGUUCUGUUCCUAUGUUGGUAAUGUAACUCGAAUUUCGUUGUAAUUCUGAAUUUAAAUCAAAAUACAUGGUAUAAAAAACAAAUGCAUUGAAAUAAAUGGGGUGUUAUACUUACCAUUACUGCUGAGAGGUGGAUGGAGAAGAAGGGGUGGCUGCGCUUAGCUAUUGCAAAGGAAUCUGGUCUUCAAUCCAUAACGUAAUUAGCCUCUCCAUCUCAACAAGUGUCAAAGAACCUUGCUUUGUGGUCACUGCAUCUGACAUAGGAACAGAACCCUUCACAAGCACUAAAAUAUGGGCUUUGUCUUAAUUGUCACCACGGUCAACCGACUGAAGCCUAGCGCUUUACCAUUGUAUGUCUAUGUCUCUCGUUUCUCUGAUCUUUUUAUGAUCCUCAGCUUUGUUUCCAUGGUAAUGGAUUUUCUAAGAGACUAAGAUUUCUUCUUUGGGGCCAUAAUGUCUAAAAAGGAGGGGGAAAAAUGCAAAGAUGUUCCCGCUGCACAAACACGGACGAGCACUGUGCUCAUUAACUGGACAAAAUGGCGGGCAGGGGACUGGCGUGAAGUUCAAGCAUUUUAGGUCGAGACCGUUUUAACCUGAGGACUCCCUGUAAAUGCAACUGUUGUAAUUUUGCUGACAAUAAGUUGUGCAAAAGAAUAUUUUAAAAAGUUGUACAUCGAAAUGUUUACAGGUCAAAUUCAGUUUCCCUGUAAAGGUUACAGUGCACAUUUAGUUCAUCUGGAGAUUUUACCCAAGGUCCCAAUAUCUAGCUUUUUGACAGUAGUGUAUGAGUGUUUUGAAAUGGAUAUAAUGUGAACCAUGAUUAUAGGCUGAAUUGAAGAGCUGUUUAAAAAAACUUAAAAACAUUGUAGCCCAUAAAUGCUUAUUGAAUUUGUUUGCUUGUUGGGUUUGUAGUUUCAUUCAUUUAGUUUGGCCCCUGAUAGCAAAAAGGUCCUCUGCCCUGUUUUGCACUGUCACAAUGGAUUGAAGACAAACCGUGAGCGGAUGAGGCCUAAAUUCUAAUGUACCCCAAAUAAAUAAGUCAAAAUGUUUCGUUA